AAUGGAAGCUAGCUCUAAAAGUGAUGAGAAUAUUGAAGCAGACUCUUUUUCUAUUCCUCCAGAUCGGCCUAGCGAUGAAGAAUUUCACUCAUCAAAACUUAACUAUGAAGAUGAGAUAAAUAAUUCAUCUCUGAAGGAGAUCCAUGUUCCAUCUGAUAAUUCUAAAAUGGGUCUUGAAGAUAGCAGGGAUCUUAGCGACAUUAAUAAGAUGUAUGAUGUCUUACAGAGUGAAAAAUAACACAAUUUUUAAUCUUGAAGAUGAAAUUGGAGAUAAUUUCAAAAUAGGACAUCGACAAACCCAAUCUACAAUGUUCGGAAUAGAGGAAGAAAUCAAAUUAGGUCCUAAUGAAAAAGUGAGGAUAAUUAAAGCAAUUGAAACUAAUCAGGGCGGGGGUAAGCACACAGACUACAAAAUUCUUGGGAUCCACAAAGAUGAAGAAUUCACUAUUUGCAGAAGAUAUAAAGAAUUUGAUUUGCUUCAUAAGAGACUGGAAGAAAGAUGGCCAGGAUUUUAUAUCCCUCCAAUCCCUAAAAAGAACGCAUUCUCCAAGAUGGAUUCUAAAGUAGUCACUGAAAGGACUUAUUUGCUAAAUAUAUUUUUAAAUGAACUGGCAGACAGAAAGUUCCUUUGGGACUCGGAUGAAGUUGCUCUUUUUGUAAAACCUAUGACGAACGUGAUGUCAGAUCUUAAAAAUCUUCCUAAACCUACGAUUGAAAUGUUGAUGGAGAGGAUUACAGUGGAUGCACAGAUUAAUCUCGAAAUAAAUGCGAUUGAGACGGAGCAUUAUUCUAGAUCUAUCAUUCAGUUCAAGGAAGAACUGGCAAAUAAUAUCCCUUUCCUUAACGGCCUUAAGGUGUUUAUCUUGAAAGAGUGAGCGAGCAGGAAUACAUAUCUUCGCUGAAAUGGAUUUUUCAUGGACCAAUUAUACACAUAUGAAAACAAUUCAUUAGAUGUUUAUUCGAGAAGAUCUCCAAAUGACUCUCUAACUACUUCAUUAAAGAUAGUGUCUGACAUUGAUCAUGAGAAGAUUGGUAAUGAUUUCUGUCUUAUCCCUCUUACUGUGAGGAAUCCAUUCAGUAAAAUGAAAUAUUGGAUCAAGCAAGAAAUUCAUGAUUUUGAAGCAAUGGUUAGAGCAAUCGAGGGAAUCGAUAAACUUAAGAAAGAAAAGGAAAAGUUAGUUUCCAAAAUAGUUUCAGCUAGGAAGGAAAUGCAGAGUCUUGAAGAAGGCAAGAAGACUUUAAAGAGCUUAUUCCAGUCACAAACUGGGAGGCAUAAUAGAAUUACUGAGCUGAACACAUACAUCUCUAGAAGUGAGGUGAUAGUGGAAACAUAUACCAAAGUGAUCAAUCUCCUUAUUGUUUAUAUGUGGAUGAAGGAGAUCAGCCAGUUUAAACUUUGGAAAGCUAGUAAUUACUACAAGUGACUAUCAACCUUCUGCACUGAUGAAAUGGAAGGAAACCAUCAUAUCAUGAACCUCUGGGAAAACCUGAAGCACAUCAUGGAAAGAAAGGAGAAGGUCUGGAGUGAAUGCAAAGCAAGAGAGCAAUACGAGAAUGAAGAAAAACUUAAGUUAGAACACAGAAGCAAGCAUGAACAAAAUGAUAAUGUCGUAAAAGAUGAAAAUUUAAGCGAUGAUUAUGAGAUAAUCCACUCUCCAGACAAUAGUCAUGACAAUAAAUUAUUCGACUACGACCCACGUGGUAAAGAUAGCUUUUUGCAGCAGGAUUAUAACCCAGAAGAAAAGAAAGAAAUAAUCAACAAAGAGAGUAUUGCUGAAUCUCAAGACUCUGCUGAUAGAGAUGAUAAGGAAUUAGGUAAGAGCAGUAUCACUGUUCCUGUGCAAGAUGUAUCUAUAAAUGACUCAGAGGACUUAGAAUACAAAGUAAAACAGCAUAAUUCAAUGACAGAAGGAAUUGAAGCUUUCUCAUAUGCUUAGUUUAUUCUCCCACUUUUCAAUA